GGCAAAGGUCUCUGGCCCACAAGUCACUGCGGCUGAAGCAGGGGCUGCAACAGGCUCAGGACAGCGUCCUACAGACCCUGGGAAUGUUGCACCAACCCUCCUGGGACACACCCAAGUCACCAAGGAUGUCCGCAGGGCCAAGGCGGCGCCGUGUCGGGAUCGUAGGCUUUGGACACUUAGGCCAAUACUUGGUGCAGAGGCUGCAGGAUGAUGGCCUCCAGCUCGGCCUGGAACUUGCCUUUGUUUGGAACCGGGACUCACGAAAGCUGCAAGGGCAGGUGCCCUCUAUGCUCCAGCUGCUGGACCUGGCUGGGGUGCCCCAGAGGGCUGUAGAUCUAGUUAUAGAAGUAGCACAUCCCUGCAUUGCCCAGGAACAUGGAGAGGCCUUCCUGGCCCAUGCUGACUUCAUGGUAGGCUCCCCUACAGCCCUGGCUGACCAUGCCACAGAGACUCGGCUGCGAGAAGCUGCCCGGCGUGGGGGACACACCCUGUAUGUGCCCCGGGGGGCACUGUGGGGCGGGGAGGAUAUCCAGCGCAUGGAUGACAGGGGCAUGCUGCAGGGCCUCAAGGUGACAAUGCUGAAGCACCCUGACAGCUUCCGGCUGCAGGGGGAGCUGCAGGUGCGGCUGCAGGGGGCACAGGCCAUGCGGACUGUGUUGUACCAGGGUCCUGUGCGGGAGCUCUGCCCUCUGGCCCCCAACAAUGUCAACACCAUGGCAGCUGCCUGCAUGGCUGCUCCCAGCCUGGGCUUCGACCAGGUGCAGGGCUGCCUCAUUGCUGACCCCAGCCUCCCAGACUGUCAUGUGGUGGAGGUAGAAGUGACAGGCCUGACCAGUGGGCCAGGGGACCAGGCCUUCACUGUCACCAGCAGUCGGAGGAAUCCGGCUUUCCCUGGAGCUGUCACAGGGAGUGCUACUUUUGUUGCCUUCUGGAGCAGCCUGCUGGCCUGCCAGGGCCAUGGAGGAUGUAUUCACUUGUGCUGAUAUGGUCAGAACCAAAAGCAUCACAGACUAAGGGAUCUGGGCCAAGCCAUGAGGGCUGGGGGCAGGUGUGGGGUGCCAUCAUAUGAAGGAAACAUUAAAGAUGCCAACAGCGCA